CUACAGCUAUUUUACUGCCUUCCCAGAGUUUACUACGAUGUGCAACAUGAUAAAAACUACGUGUAUUCAGUCUUAUCAAGAGCUUUUUGAUCUCUACGAACCGAAUAAUGGUUUAAGUCUUUUGGAAAUUCCCGCUCUUGAAAGUGGUGACGAAUUUGAAGUGAUUCGCCAGUUAGAAGACUAUAUGUUUGCAUUAACAGAUGCAUGCCUAAAUAAAGCCGAUUCUACUCCAGCGAGUAGUUCAGACGUAGAUAACCUUAUAAAGGACGUGCAGGAGGCAAUCCAGACACCGCUCAUCAACUACACCAUUACGGAGAAACCCCAAGACCGUUUCGGCGACCGUGUCGAUGCUCUGGAUCUGAACUUUGCCCCCAAACUUCGUGAGAAACACAAUGCCCGCAAGGAAUGGGUCUACGAAGACAUCUCUCGAAUUCCGGGGAUCUUCUUCCAAGACGACUAUCAACGCGAGCUAGGCAUCGACCCGCGCACUCAGCUGAUCUCCAUCUACCGGAACCCCUACUCCUACGAGAUCCACAAUUUGGAGUUCCCCGACUGGGAAGUGCGCGGCGAUCUGGGCGUGCCGCCUUCGUGCAGCCUGGACGACACGGUCGUGGAGUUCAUCGACACGGAAGAGAAGAUCAUGGAUCUGAUCGCGAGGCUGAAAUCCUUCCGCUGCAUCAGCGUGAGCGUGAUCCAGCACAGCUAUCGCUCCUAUCUUGGCUAUUGCAGCAUGAUCAUGAUCAGCUCGGGCGAAAUCGACUACGCGAUCGACGCCAUCGCGACGCACAACAGCUGCUGGAAGCUCAACGACCUCUUCACGAACCCCUCCAUCGUGAAGGUCAUGUUCAACGCCGGCGACCAACUGCUCUGGCUCCAGCGCGACUUCGGCGUCUUCAUGGUCAACCUCUUCGACGUCCAAAUGGCGCUCAAGCUCCUCGACGAGAAGCAGACCAGCUUCAGCGACGUCCUCAUGAACCGUAUGAACGAGUACAUCAACAUGCGAUUCCGGAGAGCUGAUUGGCGGACACGGCCGCUCACCGCGGGAAUGCUGCGCUUCGCGCGGCAGACGGCGCACUCGACGCUGUAUCUGAGCUCGAUGGUGAUCGAGCAGCUGCAGAACGAGUCGGAGAAGCACAUCAACCGAGUGGGAGAUGGGCGUGUGGGUGACGGGCAGAUCGUGGAGACGCUGGCGGCGUGCAAUGAGCUGUGCUUGGAGACGUACCACAAGCCGGUGCAGACGUACGAGACGGGGGAGUCGACGAUCGCGGAGCUGGGCCAGAUCUUCCAGCCGGUGCAGAAGAUGCUGUUUUUGUCGCUGUACUAUUGGAGAGACGUGGUGGCGCGCGAGCUGGACGAGAGCGUGCAGUAUGUGCUGCCGCUGCUGCCGCUGCUGAAGGUGGCGCACGCGGUGCCGAAGACGAAGGAGGAGCUGCGGAGACUGCUGAGCCCGCUGUCGGCGACGGCGGAGCAGCGGCUGGACCGACUGUUCAGCAUCGUGGAGAGCUGCCGGUCCGAGAAACUGGUCGAAAAGAACGCGUAGGGAUCUGAGCGAUGGGUGAAUGAGUGAUUGAGUGAUCGGGGUUUGAAUGAAUGAAUUGAAUGAGUGAUCGGGGUUUGAAUAAAUGAAUCAUUGAUUGAAUGAAUGAAUGAAUGAAUGAAUGAAUGAAUCAUUGAAUGAAUGAAUUUGGAUUGAAUCUUGUUCUGGUUUUUUGAUUCUUUGAUUCCUUCCUCGUUGGUUUCCCCGUUUCCCCGUUUGAUUGGAUAGGAUGAGACUUUGUUCCGAGAGCGAUGCGAUGAAUCCUAAUCUUCUCUCUGAUCCAAUCCUUUUUUUUUGAAUUCUAUUCGAACUCCAUUGAAAUUCCAUUCGAAUUCCAUCGGAAUUCCAUCGAAUUCUGUUCCUCACCCUUCUCUAGAUUCUCCGCCAUCGUCCAGCAGGCCUGCGCCUCGGGCUCGCCCAAACUGCAGCUGAUCCUAGCGAACGACCGCUGUCUGUUCAACGGCAUCACGGUGGAGGAGGUGUCCAUCCCGCACCCGAAGGCGCCGCUCUCCGAGCUGCUGCACAUCGAGACGCUGGAGCACCCCACCAACGCGCAGCAGCUCAGCGUGCUGCUGGACCGCGGGACCUUCCGCCGCCUGUCCUCCUCGGACAACCCCGCCGACCGGUUCCUCGUCUACACCCCCAAGACGCUGCCGUACAACCCCUCCGCCCCGCUGCGGAACACGGUGCCCUACAUCCCGCUGCGCUUCUCCGCGGCGGGCGUGGAGAUCGACCCGGUGCUGCCCCCGGAGUUCGUGAACCCCAGCGUGAGCAAGUUCGUGCGGACCUUCAACCAGAAGCUCUCGCCGGCGCAGAAGGCGGAGCUGCGCGCGGAGCAGCAGCUGAUCCGCGAGCAGCUGGGGCUGGAGCGCAUCCAGGCGGAGCUGAGCCACAUCGGGAGCGUGGUGGAGGACGACUGUCUGUCGCUGUCGUCGGACGCGGAGGACAUGAUGCAGGCCUUCGCGCGCGACUUCGACAUCGCGGUGCCGCCGGGCAUGCCGCCGCGGUCGCUGAAGGAGAUCCACCAGCUGCCGCACAAGGGGAAGAACUACCGCGAGGGAGAGGAGGAGGCGAGGGAGGAGCGCGCGGAGGGCGCCGGCGGAGAGGAGAAGGCGUUCAGUAUCUGCGAGCUGCUGCAGACGAAGCCGACGAUGGAGCUGAGCGACGAGGAGUUCAUGCAGCAGAUCGGGUGGAGCGAGGAGGCGGCGAGCCAGGCGGAGAACGCGAGCAAGGAGAUCUUGUUUCCUUAUAUAAAGUAAAGCAGCAAUGUGAUAAAAGAAAAAGAGAAAAAGAGAAAAAGAGAAAAACAGUUUGGGAAG